AUGGAUCAGGAACACAAUCAAAAUGAUGAUGGCAGAAAGAGAACUGGAAAUGUGUGGACUGCUACCACACACAUCAUAACAGUGGUAAUUGGUGCAGGAGUGUUGGCUUUAGCAUGGGCCAUGGCACAAUUAGGAUGGAUAAUCGGUGUACUCAGUGUAUUACUUUUUGCAUCAAUUUCUCUUUUCACUUACAAUCUUACAGCCGAUUGUUAUAGGUUUCCAGAUCCGGUCAAUGGAAAAAGAAAUUAUACUUACAUGCAAGCUGUCAAGUGCUAUUUAGGUGGAACAAUGCAUGUGAUUUGUGGAAUAAUUUUGUAUUCUAAGCUGGCUGGAAUCACAGUUGGUUACACAAUAACUUCAUCUACAAGCUUAGCAGCUUUAGGAAAAUCAUUCUGUCUCCGUAGAAAAGGAAAACGAGCUGAUUGCACAAGUUCUUAUAAUCCAUACAUGAUUGGUUUUGGGACAUUGCAGCUUUUGUUGUCUCAAAUUCCAAACUUUCACACGUUGACAUGGUUAUCAUCUAUUGCUGCUUGCACCUCUUUUGGCUAUGUAUUAAUUGCAAUUGGCCUUUGUCUUUCAGUACUUAUUUCAGGAAAAGGUGCACCAACCAGCCUAUUCGGAAUAAAAAUAGGACCAGAGUUAUCUGUCACCGAUAAAAUUUGGAGGUCUUGCAGUUCAUUGGGAAACAUAGCACUGGCUUGCAAUUACGCUAUGGUUAUUUAUGAUAUAAUGGAUACAUUAAGGUCACCUCCGUCAGAAAGUAAACAAAUGAAAAAGGCUAACUUAACUGGACUCUCAACCAUGACAAUAAUAUUUCUACUAUGUAGUUGUCUUGGAUAUGCUGCUUUUGGUGAUAAAACACCAGGAAAUAUUUUUGGUGGAUUUUAUGAACCGUUCUGGUUAGUUGCAAUCGGAGAUAUAUGUAUAAUUAUCCACAUGGUUGGAGCAUAUCAGGUGAUGGCUCAACCGUUUUUUCGUAUUAUUGAAAUAGGUGCAAACACUACAUGGCCUGAAUCAAAUUUCAUAAACAAAGAUUACCCAAUUAGCAUGUGCAAUAUAACAAUCAAUAUGAACUUGUUUAGGCUAAUUUGGAGGACGAUAUUUGUGAUAAUAGCAACAGUUCUUGCCAUGGCAAUGCCAUUUUUCAACGAAGUUCUUUCUCUCCUAGGAGCGCUCGGAUUUGGACCCUUAGUUGUUUUUUUCCCUGUACAAAUGCAUAUAGCUCAAAAGAACAUAAAAGUAUUGUCACUAAAAUGGUGUGCGCUCCAGCUUUUGAAUUGUUUGUGUUUAUUUAUCUCCCUUGUUGCUAUAGUAGCUUCGAUUCAUCAGAUUAGCCAAAAUCUGUACAAAUUUAAGAUUUUUGCUUAUAAAUCUUAG